UUGGUCUCUCACCUGCAGUCUGCCUUCAGCCAACGCCGUGUGUCUGAUGCUGUGGUGAUGUUGUCCAUUACGUAAUCCGGCUCUAGUCAACAUCAACAACACUAUGAAGACUGAAAUAUGGCCGGGAAUCCACUGUGGUUGUUCAUUUUUGUGAGACUGUUAAGCGUCUUCAUCAUACAGACUUGGUUCGUAGCUGAUGAGUUCUGGCAGGCUACAGAAAUUGCACAUCUCUUAGUCUUUGGAUAUGGAUAUCAAACAUGGGAAUGGCAAGAAGGAAUUAGAAGUGUCCUCUAUCCAGGUGCUUUGGCAAGUCUUUAUAAAGUUUUAACCCUGCUGGGCUUGGAGCAUCAGUUUCUGUUGAUUCAUGUUCCAAGGGUAUUUCAUGCCUUGGCCUUUGCUGUGGGGGAUUAUCAUAUAUGGAAGUUAUCCAGAAUGCUGUAUGGUAAGGCCUCUGCUCACUGGACUGCCAUCUGCUUGGUUUCUUCCUGGUUCCUGGAAUACUGUGCACCACGAACUUUGACUUCUUGUGCAGAAAUGAUUCUACUGUCUGUUGCCUUCUGCCAGUACCCAUGGAAAACACUUAAAGAAUGCUGUGAUAGUGGAUACUUGUGGCUUGUUGGUGCAGCAUGUGUCAUACGACCGACAGCAGCAAUACCCUUCGUUCCUCUCUGUCUGCACCACUUAUGGAUAACACAUACUAAAGUUCUCCUCUUGUUUAAGUACCUUAUAACCAUGGUUGGUGUGCUUGUUCUGAGUGUUGGAUUGGACACAUGGUAUUACGGCAAACUAGUCAUUGUACCAUGGAGGUUUGCUCACUUCAAUGUCAUAUCAGGUUUAGCAUCUCAUUAUGGUGUUCUUCCAUGGCACUGGUAUCUGACCCAAGGUCUGCCAGCUACACUAGCCACACAUCUCCUCCCUUUUGUGCUGGCUGCCAUGACCCAUCCAGCUAGACACAAGAAAUUACUUUCUGUCUGUUUAUGGUCGGUUGCAAUUUAUAGCUGCUUAGGUCACAAGGAGUUCAGAUUCCUCCUCCCAGUUGUGCCUCUGUGCUUCUGUAUAGCUGGUGACUUUGUUGCUUUCACACUAUCUUCAUAUUCCAAGAGAAAAGAUCAGUCUUCAAAAUACAGAAGUGUUGCUACCAUCUUUUUCCUGGCAAUACCCAAUCUCAUAGCUGUAUUGUACUUGGGUUUGGUCCAUCAGAGAGGCUCACUGGAUGUAAUGACCAUUCUACAAAAUGAUACGAAGGUUCGCAGCAAAUCAGAUAUUCUUUUUCUCAUGCCGUGCCACUCGACUCCAUAUUACAGCCAUAUACAUCAAAAUAUAUCAAUGAGGUUUCUGACUUGCGAACCAAACUUGCAACAGAAGAAGAAUUAUUUAGAUGAAGCAGAUAUAUUUGAGCAAGAUCCUCUUGGCUGGCUACAUCAAGAAUAUGGCAAAGCCUCCAACUUUGUCACACACACACACUCGGUUUCAGGUACACAAGAGAAUCCAGUCCAUAUUAUAGACUAUGGGAAAAACAGUGAAUUAAAUCAUUCCAGCAGUAAAUUUUCUCAGUCUGUAUACAAAGCUUUACCAACUCAUAUAGUGUUAUUUGAUAUUUUGAGAGACAAAAUACAAGACUUUCUAGCAGAACAUAACUACCACUUGUGUCAUGACCUAUUCCAUGCUCAUAUUGUGGAUGGCAGACGAAGUAAAAAUAUUUUAAUACAGUGUAAAUAGAUGUCUUUAGACAGUCUCCAAUCUCAAAAUACUGUAUUUGACUACUCUGUGAUAUUUAUAUUAUUCCAGUAUUGCUGUUUACUUUCAUUCAUUGUACAUUAUUUUUAUUAGAAACUAUUUUGUAUAUAAAUGUUUUAGUCAUGUUUUAUUAUGUCUUGAUGUCUGAUAUAAUAUGUGUUAUGAGUUAAAAAUAUGAAGAAUGUUCAUAGAUUUUUCUGGUCUUAAAUUGUUCCAUAAUUUUUUAUAUUUUUGUCUCAUUCUCUCUUGAGAAAUGUAAUUUAAUUAGAUCAGAAACAAAAAUUGUGCCAAAGAUUCCUGUGUAAUGCCGUAUAAUUAUAUUGAUGUUCAUAUGUGAAAUAUUUAAAUACAGUUUUUUCAUAUGUC